AUGCCUGAAUUUUGUGGUUCAAGCUUGCUUCUUGGUCUUCCUGAUGAUGUGUUUGCCAUUAUAUCUAGGUCCCUUUCGCCGAGGGACAUAUGUACUUUAAGUCUUUGCUGCCGGAGUUUAUAUGACCUAGUGGCAUCUGAGAAAGUUUGGUUCACGCAGUGUGACAUGGUAGAAAUUAUCCCUCAUCGGGAUCUCAUGGAGUGGCGAAAGGGUGUGUCAUCUUAUAGGGCACUGUGUCGCUUCCUUGUUAGUGUUAAACCAUUAAUUGGAAUUUGGGUUCACCAAAAUCCCGAGCUUGGUAAUGUAGUUUAUGUCAUGCCUGGUUUUGUAUCUGUUGUGGGGUGCCGGAUUUUACCACAGGAGUUGGGCCCUUUAGGAAUCGAAGAAGGUCCUAUUUUAUGGGCACCUGUGUUUGAAAUAAUAGGUGACCCUGAUGGUUCUGCCUCAUUUUUCCUACAUGGAAGAGAGAAAGGGAAUGACUAUGUUUAUCCUGGUUCAGUCAAGUCUGUAGACCGGAAUUGUAAUGUCCUUUUGCUUGAGGUUGAGCCCAGGCAACACAAGAGCAAAUUAUUCCCUAAUAGAAGCUUUGCUUAUAACUCGGACAAGGAGCUAGCAAGAAAGGUUUCUAGGUCACACACUGGAUUGUCAAGGUCACAGAGGUUGAUUAUACCAUGUGAGGCUAAGGUGCCUUUUAGCCGCUUGGCUUUUAGUGACAGAAGAAAGUUGAUUGAGGUUGUCACAAGCGAAGUUGGUCAACAGGUACCCGAUUUGGCAAAUAGGUCGCUGUUUCCUCGGUUGGGGAAUGAUGAAGAUAAUUUUCAGAAAGAUAUGGCACUCUUAUUUGAACGGAGAUCACUUCUUUUGAAAAUGUAUAAGCUUGGUCAAGGCUUUAAUUGGAAGGAAGCUCCUGAAGUGCCUUCUGAUCCUACGCAACUGCAAUUGAGUGAGAUUAGAAAGAGUCUUGAUCGGUCAAGUGGGUCUCUGAAUGAGGAUGAUAAUCAGACGCAGUCCAACUUGAAGAAAACCUUUGGUGGGUAUUUGCGAGCAAGCAUCAGACAGAUUUUGGGCAAAUCACCCUCCAUUAAUGGUAUCCGAGCACAUUCAAAGCAUAGUUCUUCAAGCAGCGAGAGUAAAUAUGCCCAGCUUCAUGAUUUUUUAAGUUCGGGGGAUACAAUAGGGUUGACUUUACAUGCCUCUAUGAUGAGGUUAUCUUCUUAUCGAGCAUGGCCGAAUAUGCAUGACAGUCGAUUUGCCCUAUACAAAUUACCCAUGCGAGUUCCUAGAGCUGAUCAAGAAUAUGCUGGUUUAUGGGGAGGGACUUUUGGUUGGCCUCCUGGGAAGCCCACUGAAGACAAGCCGGGAAAGGCUCUGUUCAUUCUUUUGAUCUCUUACGAGGAGUCUGAAGGACAAACAAAUCUCAUUGCUACCAAGAUAUUAGAAGGCACGCACUAUGUUCUGCAUCCAAAUGGCUCGGCAAUGUUCAUAGUGAAUAUUGAUAAGCCUUCACAAGAUCCUUUUCCUUGGGAUGUUGAUGCAAAUUCCUUUCCUUUCACUGUUAAGGAUGCAUUUGCAGGGGAGGGUAUAGCAAAUGGGUAUGGUUUCAGAUAUCCAGGAUCAAAGCCUGGUUCCCUCUUUGUAAUUCAAAGUGGACUUCUUGCCUUCGUUUGGAAGGAGUCGAAAGCUGUCUUGACCAUGCAGCGACUGAACCUACAAGAGCUUUUGAAGAAAGGUGAACGGGUGCCUGCUUUACCACCCAUUGCCAACUUUUCAUACUUGACCAAGUCCUACUCGAAUGUCUUUGCUGGCUUCUCAACUGCCUCAACUUGUUUGUCUUCACCAAGAUUUACAUUAUAUCCAAACUGGUUGGUUCCAUCAUGUCAUUAUGUUUUAAUGUUCCAGUUGUUCAUGAGCAAUUGA